AAAACUGUAAAGAACUGCUAAGGAAUUGAGAAGAUGUCUGGACUAGUACAGUACAUCUGGGAUUGCGUUCUACAGUAUGAGACCCUGCUACGGUCUCCCUUUUUCCCAGUGCUCUUUUCUCUCACAGUCUACUUAAGUUUCUGCCUGCCUUUUGUAGUUCUGGACUCCCUGUCUCCAAAAGUUGCGCUCAUAAGGAGAUACAAGAUUCAACAUAAAACCAGCGUGUCUAGGACUAUGAUGUGGAGCUGCCUUGCCCUCUCACUCUACAACCAUGUGGUGUACAUCUUCCCUCUGAGUGUCGCUCAUUGGUACUGGAGACCUGUUAGCUACACGGUGAUGGCACCUGGAAUCCUGCAAGUCAUCUGGGACCUUUCUGCCUGCCUGCUUCUCUUUGACUUCCAGUACUUUGUAUGGCAUCUUCUGCAUCACAAAGUACCCUGGCUCUACCGCACUUUCCAUAAGGUGCACCACAAACACACGUCCACCUUUGCUCUGACUACGGAGUACUCUGGGGCUUGGGAGACUCUGUCACUGGGUUUCUUUGCUGCAGUUAAUCCCAUGUUACUCGGGGUUCAUCCUAUGACAGAGAUGCUUUUCCAUAUGCUGAACAUGUGGUUGUCAGUGGAGGACCAUUGUGGCUAUGAUCUGCCGUUGGCAACACACAGACUUGUGCCCUUUGGACUGUAUGGAGGAGCACCGCACCAUGAUCUUCACCAUCAGAAGUUCAAGUCCAACUAUGCACCAUACUUCACCCAUUGGGACAAGCUCUUUGGCACACUCCAUACUGAAUGAACUAAAUAACUGGAACAAGCUAAACAAACUCUCUUUUUUGUAAAAAGUAUAUCUGAGCUUUUUCAUUCUAUGAAUGAAUACUUUUAAAUUAACAACUCUAAAACUAAGUUUUUAUGUACUUCAAAGUUGUUUUACUAAUGUUCUCCAAUAUUUAUUGGAUGUCUGUAUUUAAUGAUUGGAUGAAAAUUAACAAACAAAUAUAUAUACUAUGUAUAGGGACUACAUGAAGCACAUUGUGUCUCUAACCAACUAUUUAUAACCUUGUUUUAUACUGAAUGUUUUAAAGUGGAUCAUGAAGAACAAUUAUGGAAAAACUAAACAA